AUGUCAAACGUCGCCGAAUUCGACGAUCCAAUGGAUACAGGAGCACCGACGGGCGAAUCAUCGAGUGUAACACGUGAAAUCGCCGGAGCCGAGGAUCCAGCGCCACCAGUUUUUGAGCACGAUGCAGUACCGCUUGAUGCGGUUAAAUCACAUGUGACACGUCUCGAGGAGAAACGAGACAAGGAGAACUUCGAUGAGACGUACGAUUUGACGGUGAAGGAGCCGGCUGUGGAUGUGGAGUCGUUGGCGUGUUCUUAUGAUGGAAACGCGUUUUUUGUCAGAGGUCGAUUCAUCGCAAAACACUGUCCACCACUUCGUGCCGACGCCUAUAUCGUGUUGAUCAACCAUCUGAAAGCCCAUACAACUGAUAUCACUCACUACAUGGCAUUCUUCAAUGAGCUGGAGACAGAACUCUCAAAAGAUAACAAAUCGAAGACAAAGUGUGUGAAUCUCCAGCUGCCAAUUCGAGAUGCCAAAUGGAUUGAGGAGACGGGCGGUGCGUGGCAAAUCACGUUGGAUCAGUUGCAGGCGGAAUAUAAGAGACAUAAGGAUGAGGGAGUCAAGGAAUCGACGAGACGCGCUAUGGAAGACCUCUUUCAGCAUUUUGUUAGUGCUGGAAAGGUUGAAGAGGCUUUCAGACUGUAUUCUAGAGGCAUUCGUGACUAUUGUACACAGUUGAAGCAUUCUAUUAAUAUGUGGCUCAACUGGAUCGAGGUCUCGAUUUGUGCAAACGAUUGGGCGAAACUCGAGAAUAUCACCUCCACCGCGUAUAGAUCGUUGAAGGAUGCGGAUGAUGCGGAGAAGAACGCUCAACAACCACGCGGUGAGAACUCGACAUAUCUGGUGGAGCGUGACGCGAACGCGGCGGUCGCCUCUCUGACGAACCGUCAACUCAUCGAAACGGCGCUAGCGAAAUGUCUCGCAGCUCAAGUGAUUCUGAAGUUGAAACACAAGAAAUACCAUCAAGUAGCUGAGACGAUUCUUCAGAUUAAAGUGGAGAGUCUCCAACAAAAGUGGUUCGUCACGUCUUCUGACUUGGGAAUCUAUAUUCUACUGUGCUCCAUGGCGACGAUGGCUCGAAAGUGUUUGAAGAUGAUGGUCUCGUCGACACCGACGAUUCGGAAGCUUCUGGAGUCGGAGCCACUUUUCAUCGAGCUCCUCAACGCUUAUAGCUCGAGUCGUUUCGGAAAAUGCUUUGAAAUCAUGAAAAGUGUUAGAAGUCGUCUUCUUCUGGAUCCAUUCUUAUCCCGGAAUGUUGAUGAGCUCUUCUCGAAAAUCCGUCAGAGAUGUGUGAUCCAAUAUUUGAGACCGUACUCGACGAUUAAGAUGGAGACGAUGUGCGAGGCUUUGGUUACCACUAUGCCAGACUUGCAGCUGUCGUUGUUGGAAUUGGUGGAGGCGGGGCAUGUCCAAUUGAGAAUCGAUCAGAACGCGGGGAUCAUUCGAUUGAUUGAUGAGAGGGAUGAGGAGAGCACGCUGAGAAGAGUCAAUGAGACAUGCGAUCGCUCGAUUCUCCGAGCGAAAUCGCUGUUGUGGAAGACGGCUAUGGCGCGUGCCAAUAUUCACUCAAUUAGCGACAAGGAGACUCGCCAGAAGCGGAAGAAGGAUGGACGCGCCGAUCGCAACACGCUUGAUUAUGAUGAUGUUGGAGCGCUCGGCCCGAUCUCCGACGACUUCAAUAUGAGCUUCGAGUCGGCGAGUGGACAAAACUAUAUCGAAGAUUUGGGCGAUAUUUAA